AUGAGCACCAUGCUGGAGAGGCUACGGUCGAAGAGCAGCUUGAAGAAGAGCCGUGAAAGGGAGGAGGCUCCAACGUCGGAGGCAGAUGCAGACCGGGCCACCCCUGCCGAAGCGGAGGAUGGUGGUGCCUGGCGAUUGGCAGAGGAGGAGAGUGGUGAGGAUGAGAUCUUACAGGUCCGGUCCUCCAACGCAGGUCUCGCAUCCUCUGUCCAGGCCGGCGUCGCCGCUGGCGGCGCAUCUCCGCGCUCAGGAACCAGUACUGUGGCAUCGUACUCCCAGAAGGAGCCGAAUCUUGGUUCUGCGGAUAUCGUCGUGCCAGGGGGCUCCUCCUUGUUGGAUGGCCUCAGGCUGCUGCUGGUGCACCAUCUCAAGGGCAGUGCCGGCACGGAUCAGAUCAGCCUCACCACCGGCCAGGCUGAGUUGCUAGAGCACCAUCUCUCCAGGCUCGCCUCCUAUGCGCAGAAGAUCGUUCAUACUCUGGCUUUUGCCACGCGAUUUCUGUCUUCGCAGCCUGUUGCAGAGGAGCAAAGCCCGGCGGCAGGCAGCGUUCCUUUGGCCGGAGAUGAGAAUGCGGAUCAAGGUGGUGGCAGGAGGGAGACCGUCCCAGUCGAGCCUCGCAAGCGAACGACGUUGCGUUUGAAGGAUCGGGAGUUGCUGCAGAUCUACCGCAGUGCACAGAUCGAGGCCUCCAAAGAGGCCGACUGGAGAGGCCUGGGCGUCGCCUCGCCGAGCCGCAGCGAGGGAAGUGACUUCAGCGAUGUGUCACAGCUCUCCGCCCUUUACCAAGGCGCCACGACGCAGGGCUCGGACGCGGAGUUGCUCAAGGCGCUUGCUGCGGAGAUUGCACCCUGGCUGCAGUGUGAGCCGCGUGGGUGCUUGGUGCAAUAUUUGCCGGACCACACAAGACUCUGCUUUGAUCCUACUUGCUCCUUCCUGCUCAAGUCUCAGUUUGUCGCUGCUAGCCUCCAUACCGAAGCCCCACAGAGCUUCUUCGUCAUGAUGCACUUGGGGUGGGCCUUCCUUCAGCUUCUGCUUGCACCGCAGGCCCUCGCAGAGAGCUCAGUGCCCCUGCUUCGGGGCUCCCCACGCGGUCUUGCAGAGCUUCCAAGCUGUGCGGAGAAGCCCAACUUCCAUUUGGCACGCGCUUCGUGGUGUGGAGAGCAGAAAGAGCCGGUAGCGUGCGCCAAGGACUCGGAGAGUCCCAAUCCCAUCUGGGACUGCCAUCUACAGGCCGAUGCUUGGUGCUCCUUGGGCGGGAGCCCCUGUUCUUGGCCCGCAGGGGCUCCUCCCAGAGAGGUGUCCAGCGAUUGGCAGAAUCAGAACUCGCAGGGUCAAGCUACGCGCUUUGUCACCUGGAACCUGUAUGUCUUCACACUGGCCGGUCGCAUCCAUCCGGUCGUGGAUGAGCUGCUGCGAAUGCAGCCAGAGAUUGCGGCCAUCCCAGAGAUGUGGCACGAGAAGGGCGCCAUCCUGGAUCUACUCAACCAGAGGUCCGGCAAUGUUUGGGCUUUUGCCACAGGAGGGCCCACCGAGCAGUUCAAUGAUGCAGACAUCUUGUUCAGGACUGACAAGUGGGAGCACAUUGCCAGCGACCUCGUUCCGUUCUCGGCCGGCCGCGCGAUCAACUGGGCAGCCCUGAGGCGAAAAUCCGAUGGCUACUCGCUCAUUGCAUCCGGUACGCAUCCUCUCUGCUGUCAGGGCGACUACGUCAUCACGGAGGCGGUGGAUUUCGUGACUAAGACCCUCAGUCAGGUGCAGAACCAACACCCAUACCCCAUCGUCCUUAUGGGGGAUUUGAACACCGGCUACUUUCAGCCUUCGCAGCAGCUUUUGAGACAAGGGCAGGUGGAGGCCUUCGGACGCCAUUGGCAAAUUCCAAUGACCUUUACAGAUGCAUGGGCAGAGCUUCAUCCCGGCAAUCCGGACCCUUCCACGAUCAACGACGACCCGGUGCGACUGGACUAUGUCUACUUUCAGAAGACGCCGUUUUCCGUUGGCCAGUCUAUCGUACAGUCCCAAAUCUGGCCGCGCGCCGCCGGCAGCGACCACCGCGCGGUCUCCGGGGAUGUCGUGCUCAGCCGGUGA